AUGAUGAAAGAAGUUUGUGGCUCAGAUAAUGUGACUUAUGACAACGAAUGCCUGCUGAAGAAAGCAGCCUGCGAAAAUCACACUGAAAUAGAGAUCGUAGAAUAAAGAUCCUGCACAGGUAUGUAACCAAACUGUUUGGUGUGGCAUAUUCAACUGAGGCGGCCUACAGCAGACACGAAAGGAACAACCUGAGUUUUAAUUCUCAAGACAUCUAAUGGUGAACAAAAGUGACGCUAAUUCGCUGCGCUCACUCGUGAGUUAUCGAGUCAAAUAUUCGAAGAGAAAUUCCAUAUCUACGUGCGUCUGUCUAUUAUUCUCUAUAUCUGUUCCAUAAACCUCUGCAAUUUUCAAAGAUGGCGAGAAUUUGAAUUUUCUUCUGUUGAGGAUAUAAGUUUUUUACAAGCUCCAGCAGUUCCCAGAUGUUCUAAGUUUAAAAGCUUCUAUUUCAUUUUCACCUCUCAGGCUGUGACAAAAAGUGUUCUUCUCUGUUUUCUCACUGCGUGAAGCACAAGGGAAACGAAGAAAAAUGCGAGUGC